AUGAGCAGAGGGGGAAGUUUCCAUGGCAUCACUUCCAACACUUCCUUGAAACGUUUUGAUAAUCUUUAUAUUUGCAUAUCUAGUGGCUUCAAUGUCCUUAUUUGAAUCCAGACGUUGAGUGCAAGCCGCGAUGGCUUGGUUGAACUUUUUGAAGACUUCCCAAUGAUGCGUCAUAUUGACUUUCAACCUACGAUCCAUUCGUCUGCAGGUCAUGGAAUUCCCCACACCAUCUCCCACUCCAAGACGCUCGCAACGUGUGCAUUCGAGAUCUUCCACUCCGUGCAUUUUGCCUGA